AUGGUAUGUCUUGUUCAUGAUCGUCAAUUUCUUGCUAAAUUCCAUGCAACUGUCAAUCAAAUACGACUAACAAAAGAAUUUACUGUCUCAACAUUACAGAAGCUUUCAAAACGAUGUUGUUCAUGUCCUAAUCGUAGAAACAAUAUGCCAUCUUUAACAAUAGGAUUACCGUUAACCUCAUUGGAUAUUAAUCAAUUAAGAUUUAUUUGCCUUCAAUUAGAUUUGGAACAAAAUGCUGCUAAUUAUGUUCGAUCAUUACCAUCAAAGAUUGUUCAUUACACUGUAUUAUCUUCUCUUACUUUGCUCGACUCAAAAAUGGAAGCUAUGUUAUCAAAUCAAUUUUCUCUGCAACAAUCUAGUCAAUUAGAUGCUAUAAAGAAAAUGCAUCAUAUUUCUCUUGAAUUUGUAACAUCAACAACAUCGAAGGAUUUACUAAAUGAAAUCGCUCAUAUAAAAUGUGAUCUUGUAGCAAAAUGUUCGAAUUACUUCCAAGCAAUUCGAGCUGUUAAUGGUAUUUGGAUAAUUAUUUCAAUAGAAGACCAAUCCCGCGUUGAUAUUGUAAAGCAUGUACUUCAGCAACAAUGGUUGAGAUUCAUGCACGAUAAACACACUUCAUAUACUUGGCAAGAAAAUGUUCCCUCAAAAAUUGAUAACAAUAAAUUUUGGAAUAAAAAUCGAUCGACGAAUCGGCAUCAAAAGCCACAUACUAAAUGUGCAUCACAACUAUGUAAACCAGUACAAACCAUGUCAAUAAGCGAAGAAGACAGGAAUGAAUUAGAAAAUCCAAGAGAUACUAAAAUUGAAUAUUCUAAUGGAGAAAUAUUACUUAUCAACAAUCCACGAUUCAAGUUUCUUAUCAACCCCUAUGAAUUUUCGAGCAAACGUAGUCAAUCACGUAUUCAUCGUCGACAACAUAUAUUGACUUCAGCUUUGAUUACUUCAAUAGCAUGUCAUGCAAAAUAA